GCGUUUACAGCGGAAGAUAAGAGUGGAUGGACGUUUAUAAAAGGCGCGUGUGGGGAACCAUUAAUUCCGAAGGAAUUAAAUCUUCAAUUUCUGAACUUUUAAAAGACCUCUUCUGACAACUAACAUAUCCUGCAUCCUCAGUCAGAAACUGAUGUAGAUGAUCACUUCACUUGGAGCCGUUCGAUCAUCUAUAAACACGCGCUGAUCAGUUCUUGAUUUCAACACUAACGGUAUAUCAUGAAAAUGGAAUGUAAACUCUUACCAUUUCUAGACCAGAAGCCAGAGACAUCCUCCCCAAAAUAACUCUUGUGCUUCAUGAGAGCACCGUUGGAUAACCAAUCAAAUCAAAACCAAACACAGACCAAAUAGAAAUUCAUCUGAAAGAUGGCGGAUGCUUCAGUUUCCUUCUAGAAAGACAGCAAACCAAAGGAAUAAGAGGUUUUUAUUUUGCUUGCAUCUUUGCCCAAAUAAGCCAAAAUUAUUUCAGACAAUUGCAUUUUGAACUGUGAUAGUAGCUUAAACAUGUUAAAAACGGGACCAGCGAUGGAGGCAGUGGAUAUUGCAGUUGUUGCACUUUAUUUUGUCCUUGUGCUUGCCAUUGGUCUCCUCUCCAUGUGGAAGGCCAAUCGUAGCACUGUCAGUGGCUACUUCCUGGCAGGUCGGAAUAUGAAUUGGGUGGUGAUCGGUGCCUCACUGUUUGUCAGCAACAUCGGCAGCGAGCAUUUCAUUGGACUUGCUGGUUCUGGUGCAGCCAGUGGUUUUGCAGUGGGUGCCUGGGAGUUCAAUGCCCUCCUGCUUCUGCAGCUGCUCGGUUGGGUGUUCGUCCCAGUCUACAUCUACUCUGGAGUUUACACCAUGCCAGAGUACCUCUCCAAGCGCUAUGGAGGCAAGCGGCUAAAGGUUUACUUCGCAGCCCUCUCACUUCUACUGUACAUUUUUACUAAACUCUCAGUGGACUUGUACGCAGGAGCUCUUUUCAUCCAGGAGUCUCUUGGCUGGAAUCUCUACCUGUCGAUCAUCUUGCUUAUCUCCAUGACCGCCUUGCUGACAGUAACCGGUGGACUGGCAGCUGUGAUCUACACAGACACUCUGCAGGCCGUGCUCAUGAUUGGCGGUGCGUUAACCCUUACCAUCAUCAGCCUGGUCAAGGUAGGCGGUUUGGAAGGGGUGCGGGAAAAAUACAUGGAGGCGAUCCCCAACGUCACAGCCAUCCUGGCUAACAGCAACUUCAGCUUUCAGUACACAAACUCCUGCCGAAUUCAUCCCAAGCCAGAUUCCCUCAAGCUCCUACGAGGGCCGCUUGAUGAGGACAUCCCUUGGCCAGGCUUCCUUUUGGGUCAAACACCCUCAUCCAUUUGGUACUGGUGUGCUGACCAGGUCAUUGUCCAGAGAGUGUUAGCUGCCAAGAAUAUCGCCCAUGCUAAAGGCUCCACACUUAUGGCGGGAAUGCUUAAGGUCCUUCCUAUGUUCAUCAUCGUUAUUCCAGGAAUGAUCUCCCGAAUAUUGUUCCCCGAUGAGCUGGCAUGCAUCGGACCAGAGCACUGCAUGACUGUGUGUGGCAGUCAGGCUGGCUGUUCCAACAUCGCCUACCCUCGGCUGGUCAUGAACGUGAUGCCGGUGGGUCUCAGAGGGUUGAUGAUGGCUGUGAUGAUCGCUGCCCUCAUGAGUGACCUGGAUUCGAUUUUUAACAGCGCUAGCACCAUCUUCACAUUAGACAUUUAUAAAAUGCUGCGUGUAUGUGCCUCCUCCUGUGAGCUGGUGGUCGUCGGCAGGUUGUUUGUGAUAUUCAUGGUGACUAUCAGCAUCGCUUGGGUGCCUGCCAUUAUUGAGAUGCAAGGUGGCCAGAUGUACUUGUACAUUCAGGAAAUGGCAGGAUACCUCACGCCUCCCAUUGCUGCCCUCUUUCUGCUUGGAGUCUUCUGGAAACGUUGCAAUGAGACCGGCGCAUUUUGGGGCAGCAUGACUGGGUUCGUACUAGGCACCGCCCGCCUCUUCCUUGGGUUUAUAUAUCGUGAGCCAAAAUGUGACCAGCAGGAUGAACGCCCGGCUUUCAUCACACAUGUCCACUACAUGUACAUUGCCGCCGGGCUGUUUUGGAUCUCUGGGCUGGUGGCUGUGUGUGUCAGUCUGUGCACAUCACCCCUAGAAGAGGAGAAGAUCAAGCGUACCACAAUCUGGGGCUUGAAAGAACUUAAGCGCCUUCCUGUGACAGAACGAGAGGAGAUGUACAAACUCACUAAUGGCAGUGGCAACGGUGUUCUCAAGAAAGAUGUUCCUGAAGACAUCCAGAAGGAGAGAUGUCUUGAUGGGGCUGACAUGAAACUCCUUAUGCCCUCCUCUUGUGACCAAGAUCCCAUGACCCCCAGCACAGAGGCAUCCACGCCGAUGGAGCUGUAUGCCAAUGGUCAUGCAGAUCUUGUAAAACAGAAGAAUCAAGGCAAGUGUGAUGAAGAGAGCUGCCUUCAAGUGUCUGACUGGAUUUGUUGUCACAAAGAGAAAACGUCUGUUAUCGAACCCAAAGUCAUUGAAGUAGAUGAAGGAGCUGUACUUGAAAUGCUUUAUGAACCUCCUAAGAUCAAGAUCUUACUUAACGUAGGCCUGGUAUUCGUCUGUUCACUGGGUGUUUUCAUGUUUGUGUACUUCUCCUUGUAAUAUGCUGAUCUUGCAGUACCGUAAGGCCUGUGUGAAAGACAGCAUAUUUAUAUGAAUUAUUUGUUAAUACAAGCCAUUUAGGGUCUGUAAUAUUUACAGUGUGGUUUAUCUUUCUUUUUAUAACUUCCCUUUAGGGACUCUAAGCAUUUUGAAUCAUACUGAUAGAAGUUAU